GAUAUUUCUAUAUCUCCAGAUGUAGUUGAGCCCUGCCAGACUGUUGGUGGAAAAGUAUACACAAGCAUACUCUAAUAAUUACCAUUCUGAAAGUAUGAGGAAAGCAGGUAGGACUUAGAUCCCUCAAUGUUUUGACAGCUGCCUGGAGAGUUUUUGUCCUUCACUGCUGUUGUGGCCUUAAAGUCUGUGACUCACUCAGCCAUGAUCGGCCCAGCUGUGUAGCAUGGAUGUCUAGAUCUGAUCAAAGUUAGCGCAGGAUUAGCGGUUAGCACUGAGGCUGGUGACAGCUCUUGAGUCUCUCUGCAGUUUGAUCUGAUUAGCAGAUAGAGGAUGGAUGAAGAUGAUUGUGAGGUGAAAUGUUCCUGGGAAUUAAUUCACACACCUGUGUUUGGUUCCCGGAGAGAUCAUGACAACUCUUUGCUUAUCCAUCAUCAACAGCGAUGCAGAUGUUCGGCGCAUGAUGCUGAUUGCUUUCAUUUCAGUCUAAAACAGGAAGGAUUUCUGUUAUUUCAGACUCUCAAUCAUCUACUAGCAUCUUUUUGAACGUCCUUGUGUUAUGACUAGUGAUUCAGUCUGAGUUUACCCAAAUAUAACAAUUCAUAUAACGAUAUAACCCUCAUAGUUCUGCAAUCGUUGUUCUGUAGGACAUGUAGAUUAUUCUAGUAGUGUACUAAUGUCUGGAGAUCUAGUCAGCAUGGAGCUUUCAAGAUUCAGUAAAAACAUUUAAGUACUAGGAAAGUUUCGUAAAAUAAGUCCAGCUGACUCAUGCACCAAAUUUUGAGCCUUCAAAAUUGAUUGCUUUGUGUUAUGAACAGAUAAACGAUUUAGUCAUUUGUCAAUGAUAAUCUUUAUUUUACCUGAACUGUUCACAACUACAGUACAACUAUACAGUUGAGUCAAUGAGUUGAACUAAAGGCUGGAAUACACUACACAACUUUUGCCCAGAUUUUUCCACCUGAUUUACAGUCUGGGGAAGUCAAUACUAGUUUCCAUAAGUCAGAGCCAGACUGCAGAUUUUGGCCAGUCAGUAUGUUUCUGUGUGAGUUUGUGUGUCCAAAACGACUUGAAAGUCUGUUAAGUGUGUGAUCCUCUGUCAUUUGUUUUUUUUCUCUCUAACCAUCUGCAAAGUCGACAAGUGUAUGAUGCAAAGUGCUUUAACUAUGUUCAUAUCUGAAAAAGCCAUGCAGUCAUGUAUUCCAGCCUUUAAGGUUAAGAUCAGCCUGAUAUGUGAUUGAAGUGGUUUUUGUGGUUUAUUAGAUGGUUGAUUAAUUGGAAAAUAUGAAUCAUUCAUGACAUCUCCAUUUCUCUUACAUGAACUCUGAAGACAUAUGAACCACUUUCAAAAUGCUUUAUCAAUUUUGGAACUUGACACCUUAAUUCUCAUCAAAUAUGAUAUUCUUCAGAAAUAUACUUUUUGUGCCUCUACAGAAAAAACAAAAGCCAUAGAGGCUUUCAAUAAACAUGAGGGUGAGUAAAGGAUGACAUCAGUUUUGUGUGAAAAAUGUAUGUAACCGUGCUCUAGUAUCUACACGAGUGCAUAAUUCUCACUCAGAAUUUCCUCUGCCUGUUUGACAUGCUGUCGAAAAAUAGUGUGGCAUUUCUCUCUUAAGUACAAUUUGGUCUUAGUUUGGAAAGUGAUCUGUUUUCAAAGACCGGAGAUCCAUGACCCAAAACCAUUGUUAGUGAACUCUGUCCUUAGCUCAGGACUGAACAAUACACCUUGUUUGGACAGGUGAUCUUAUUCUUAAUGUGAAGAAGGCUUUGAGUGAGAUAACAGGCUUAGACGUCUUUUGGAACAAAGGCGUCAGGUUUUAAUCUGACAGCAGAAUUCCCAGUUAAUGCUACGCAUUCUCCAUUUCAAAAGAUUUUGCCAAAGAGAAGCAUGUUGAUUAUGAAAACUCAUCAAAGCCUUUCCUGAAGGAUUUUUUUUCUUUUAGUCAUCGCAAAUGAAUGUCACACAAACACCCAAAUGCUGCAAAUGGGCUUGUAAAUGAAUGUCAAUUAUGUGGGCCAAUUAGUUUGAUGUGUUUACUGUGUAAACAGAGACUGUUUGUUUGCACUCUCUGCAGGUUUUAACUGGAGCUCUGUUUGCAUUGAGCUUUCUUACUGAGCGUUUCUCAGCUGUGAACCUUUUGAUUCUUCCUUAAUGAUUUAAUAUGCAUCUGUUAUAUCCCUGUUUUUUAAUAUGUAACCCUUGUACGCCGACAACAGAGCGAGAGUGACAAACAGGUCUCCCUGGCGGUUGUAAGUGUCUUUGAAAGCGUUUGAGGCUCAGGAACGGUGCUUUUCCCCAUUUUCUCACCACAUUCCGAUUCCAAAAGUCUGCUUUGUCAUAUUAAAAAGUGAACACAGAAGCUGAAGAGUGCCUGAACUUGUCUAUGGAACACUUCAGAAUGACAGGCCUUUCCAUAUACUCUACUCCUCCCCAAAUAGAAAUGGUGGGAUAUUACUCAUUUACUCUUUCAGAGUAACCGAGGUGUGGAUUAGGAGGCAUUAGGUGUCACCGCUGGACGUCUGCUGAAGAGUGAUGCUGGAAGAAACCUCUCUUAAAUGAAGCAUGGAAUCAGUGGUCCCCUAUGAUUGGGUGAUUUCCUUCAAACACGGCCCUGUUUUAUAGGAUUAGUGGUCAUAGGUGAGUCAUGUGACUCAGAGAGAGGGUGGGACUCACACCUGACUCAGGUGAGAAAAGUUGUCUUGACUCUGGAUCUUCUAAGAAGUUCUCUUGCUGCUGGAUCUCUGGUUUGUUCUUCUGUAACACGCCUAAAGAGACUGUUCAUCACGUACACACAUCUAUUUCUGGACUGAAAGGACCUUGUUGAAGUUGGGCCAUGUUUGGCACUGGGCAUUUGGUGUCUCCUCUGUCUUCUGCGGUCUUCCACUCUUCGGCUGCGCACUUCUUCCCAGCGUUUCCCAGCAGGUUGGCCUCACCGCAGAUCUUCAUCCCCGGGCCGCUGCUCAGCUACGAGCUCCUGCGCAGUUACCUGCAGCCCGAGCCCUGCAAACAGGCUCUGCUAUUGGCCGCUCAGUCCACAGGACAACAUGCUGAGAAUAUCGAUGAACCCCGGCCAGUGAAGCAGCGGCGAGCUCGGGCCAACUACAGCAGCUGGCAGCUGGAGGAGCUGGAGAAGGCCUUCGAGAGCACACACUACCCAGACGUCUUCAUGAGAGAAGCCCUGGCUCUCAGACUGGACCUGAUCGAGGCCAGAGUGCAGGUGUGGUUUCAAAACCGGCGGGCUAAAAUGCGCAGGCAGAUGAAGCUCCAGAGUCAGGCAGGAGAGCAGUGCGGCCGGCGCGACAGUGACGACAGACCAGAAGAUUCGUUCAGCAGGAGCACAGCUCCAGAGCUCCACAGCAGCAGCAGCCCAGACUGGGACAGGAAACAGGAGAGAGGAAGCCCCACUUGGUCCAAACCCUCCUCAUCAGCUGUCCACAGUCCUGUGAGCGACAUGCUUCAGCGGCCCAGAGAUCAGGAGGGGUCAGAGAUGCCCAGUCCAGAGGACUUCCGCUGCUGUAGCAUUGCCAAACUGAGGGCUAAGGCCAGGGACUAUGAGGCAGAGAUCCACAGCACUGUGGCCAAGACCAGCAGAGAGAGGCAGAUGAAGACACCGGUAUCUGCCGCAGGCCUGGAAAGAGACUGAAACAGAUGCAGCCGUUAAACAUUACCUCUGUAUCACACAGGGCACAUUAAAAAUCCCAUUCAAUUCCUUAUUUAUUAUUAUGCACAAUUACACACGCAAUGAGGUUAAACAGUGUGACUGAGAAUCGCGAAUUUCUUCACUCUGUAUUGUUUUUGCUUCUUAGAUUGUCACAAUAUCAUGUAUUAUCUGUGAAACCAAUAGACACUUUUCAAAUUUCCAGGGUUCUCAGAAGUCGUCGUCAUAGUUGGGUAGACUUCCAAAGCAGUGAAUAUAAACUAUAUAAACUCCUGUUUACCCCAAUAGCAAAAGAAAAAUUCAGGAUGGUGUUGCUACAAGUUAACAAACAAGGAAAAAUUAUCAAGAGAUUGAUUACAGAAGAGAAACACGCAGCAGUGUUAAGUAUUUUUAUGUAAUUUAAUGUCAUUGUAUUAUAGUAAAAAGUACAGUGUUAUAAUUGUACACUAGAUUUUAAAAAAAUUAAAUACAAAAACCCUAUAUUAACAAUAUUAAUAUCUGUGGAAAUGCAUCAACAUAAUCUGUGAAAAGGGUCCAUACUAACUUUU